AAUCCCCUUAACUAAAGCCAAAUUUUCGUUUGAGAGCCAGUCACGCUCUCUCUCUCUCUCUCUCUCUCUCUCUCUGUGUGAAAACCCAAAACUCCUUCCUUCUCUAUCUAGAAAGAAAAGGAAAGAAUCUGUUCCGGUUCUAGGGUUUUAAAGAAUGAGUCUUUCUUUGCCAGAGAGUCCACUUAGAAUGCCCUCCCAUGAGUCAGCAACUUUUGUUCCAUCAACUCCUAAUAUGGCAGUGGAGGAUUUGGGAUUUCUUAGAAACGGUCAAAGAUUCCGUGGCAGUGGGGGAGAUGCAGUCCCUAAUCGAAGUGGAAGUGCACCCCCAAGCAUGGAAGGCUCCUUUUUCGCAAUAAAUAACCUCAUUUCUCAGCAAAAUUCCAACCUUAAUCCUAGGCUGGGGAGUUCAAACAAUGCUCUUCUAGCUUUCAACUCAGAGAAGCAGUCAUAUCUAUCUUAUUAUGGUACCGGUGCCAGCCCCAACCUCAGACUUCCUACACCACCCAUCCCAAGGGAGAAUCAGCAUCCGGGACGCCAUGCUGUUAAGUUUGGCACUAAUUGGGGAUUGGCUCCAAUAGAUGACAACAGUAAAAACUCCUUGCAUUUGUCGCAAGGAUUACUUUCUACACACAAGGAAGAGUUGGAGGGUGACCACUCACCCAAGGAGCCCUUAGACAGUUUAGCCAACAUGACAAAUGGGUUUUGGUCUGGAGGUGAUGCUGCUCCAUUGGCAGGGCAAUCCAAACGCUUGGUUGAUAUAAUUCAGGAGGAUUUCCCCCGUACUCCAUCUCCUGUAUAUAACCAGUCUCGCUCCUUAAGCCCUGGAACAACAGAUGAAGCAGCUGAUCAAGAUGUUUUUUUCGGUUCCUUGCAUGAUUCCACCGCUAGCACAUCCAAUGGCAUUCCAUCAAUUCUAGGAACCACACAACCCAAACCACCUCUUAGCAAAGGAUUUGUAAAUAGGGUAGACAUAGGCGUUAUUGAAUCUAGAAUGAAGGACCUUAAUAUAUCUAGCCCUCAGAAUCCCAAGGAGCAAAGAUAUCAAGAGCAGUGGCAUCACAGCUACCAGAGCCAUGUGCAGCAACACCAAGUCCACCAACAGCCAGGCAAUGUGUUUCAAGUUCAAAAUGCCAAGUCUCAAAUGGGUUCUCAAGGAGUAAAUUCUGCACACAUCGGUAUGGAUCAACUUCUCCAUGGCCCAUCAACAUUCUCAGCGGAGGUGCAGUCGGUAUUGCAGUCGCUUGGGUUCACACCUCCUCUUUAUGGGACAACUGGCUACAUGACUUCACCAAAUCCAUUUUACCCAAAUCUUCAGGCUCCAGGAUUAUGUGCUCCACAAUAUGGUAUAGGGGGGUAUGCUCUGAAUUCAACUGUGAUUCCUCCGUAUGUUGCAGGAUACCCCCCUCAUGGUACGGUUUCAAUGGUUUUUGAUGGCUCUGCAAGUCCAAACUUUAAUGCUGGAAUGUCUGGGUCUUCAAGUGAAGGAAGCCUUGCCCAUGGAGCUGAUGUGCAACAUUAUAACAAGUUCUAUGGGCAGCUUGGAUAUGUAGUUCAACCUUCAGUUAUUGAUCCUCUUUAUAUGCAAUACUAUCAACAGCCUUAUGGACUAACAUAUAAUAUGUCUGGUCAAUUUGAUCCAUCGGCAUCUGGAGGUGGUGCUAUUGGGAGACAAAACAAUGCUCCUGCAUCAAAGAAAGGAUCCGAGGUUGCUGCUGGUUUGGAGGAACAGAAACUGCUACACCACCAGAGAGGUGGAGUGAGUGAUCUUAAUCGAAGCAGAGGUCGGGUAAUGAAUCUUCCUUAUUUUGGAAACUCACCAAACAUAGGUUUAUUGCAGUACCCCUCGUCACCGCUUGCGAGCCCUGUUUUGCCAGGAUCCCCAGUGGGGGGCACUGGUUUUUCUGGAGGGAGAAAUGAAAUGAGGUUCCCACCGGGAAGUGGUAGAUAUGCGCCUGUAUGUUCUGGAUGGCAAGGUCAAAGAGGACCAGAGAGUUUUAAUGACCCUAAAAUACAUAAUUUUCUUGAGGAGUUGAAAUCUGGCAAAGUCCGCAGAUUUGAGUUGUCUGAUAUUGUAGGGCAUAUUGUUGAAUUUAGUGCUGAUCAACAUGGUAGCCGAUUUAUUCAGCAGAAGUUGGAGAAUUGCAGUGCUGAAGAGAAGGCAUUGGUAUUUAAAGAAGUUCUUCCACAUGCUUCCAAAUUAAUGACCGAUGUUUUUGGAAAUUAUCUUAUUCAGAAAGUUUUUGAGUAUGGAAGCAUGGAGCAGAGGAAGGAACUUGCUAAUCAGCUCACUGGUCAAAUUUUGCAUCUAAGUUUGCAGAUGUAUGGCUGCCGGGUAAUCCAAAAGGCACUUGAUGUAAUCGAGCUUGAUCAAAAAGCACAGCUUGUCCUUGAAUUGGAUGGACAUGUUAUGAAAUGUGUACGUGAUCAGAACGGUAAUCAUGUCAUACAGAAGUGCAUUGAGAGUGUUCCAGCAGAAAAAAUUGGAUUCAUAUUCUCAGCCUUCUGUGGUGAAGUUGCAACACUUUCCAUGCAUCCUUAUGGUUGUCGUGUCAUACAGAGAGUUCUAGAGCAUUGUGCAUAUGAGCUGCAAUGUGAGUUCAUAGUGGAUGAGAUCUUGGAGUCUGUCCUCAUUCUUGCUCAGGACCAGUAUGGAAAUUAUGUGACUCAGCAUGUAUUGGAGAGGGGAAAACCUCGCGAAAGAUACCAGAUUAUUAGCAAAUUGUCAGGGCAUAUUGUCCUACUCAGCCAGCAUAAGUUUGGGUCCAAUGUUGUAGAGAAAUGUUUGGAAUAUGGUGGUGCCACUGAGCGGGAAAUAAUAAUUCAGGAGAUUCUUGGGCAGAAUGAAGGAAACGAUAAUCUAUUGACAAUGAUGAAGGACCAAUACGCAAAUUAUGUGGUCCAAAAGAUUCUUGACACCUGUACUGAUAUUCAGCGGGCAAUGUUGCUUAAUCGAAUAAGAACACAUGUGCAUGCUCUGAAGAAAUAUACUUAUGGGAAGCACAUUGUUGCUAGAUUCGAACAGCAAUAUGGGGAAGGAGGACCCCUUGGGCCUUAGAGUUGCUUGACCGAAGGUUUCAUUUGAUCGCAUCUUUGUCCAGCUCCCAAUGUCUAGUUGGGUGCUACUAGUCUGGAAAAAAAAAGGACAAAUGAAUUCUAGCUUGAAGAUAUUUUGAAGACAGCUGUUUAGCAGUCUGGGGACAGUAGUAAAGUGGUAACUUAGUAGGAAAUUGAGGAACUUCUAAUUCCAUAAAAAGUAACAAAUACGAUUGGAAUUCUUAUGUACCUGUGCUGGAAAAUCACAUCAUUCCUGAAAUGAAGUUUGGUGCAUAGACUUGGUAAUCUUUCUAUGUCAAAACUAUUCAAAACCAUCUUGGGAAUUCAAUUCCUGGAAUGACUAAAGUGGGGGGAUCUCAACUUGAACUUCCUCUUAUAUCUUCCUCUUUGCUUUAUGAGAAUUACAAUAUCAAGCUUGGAUGAACACACGAUUUUAACUUUGUAUGGACCUCAUGUUCUAUUUAUCUGGUCUUUGAGAGGAAGCAUUAUUUAAUACACCCUUUCAGUUGAGAUAUCGUCCAGGUUGAGAGAGGGUUAGGUUUUUUAUGACUGGAUUGUAUAGGAUUGGUUUUGAAAAAUUAUUAUGAUGAUUUUCAUGCUGGUUUCAACUUCCUUUUUUUUUUAA